AGACACACGCACCAUCGGUAGGCAUGUGUAUGCGUUCUGGAUCAUUUCGUCAGUCAUCGGUCAGAGUGUCAGACGCGAUGCACACCGACCUUUGAAAGCAAGAAGAAGGAUUACAUAGUAAUACUCAGUGCUGGCUGUAUAAUCCCGAACGCAACUGACUUUGUCGAUUUCAUCUUGACCGAUUGUGCAACGAAGCCCGCGAUGUGAAGUCGAUAGUCAGUGGACGUGUUUCUGCCAGAAAAAAAAGAGGGGAAAAAAGGACCGUGACACACAUUUCUGUGCGAAGGCUAACCGAUUCCACAACAACAGCGAGCAAUACAAAGUUGUGUCUCCGUUUCAAAAAGUCGCCAUUUCUUAACAAAACGAAAAAUCGUAGCACAGCAGUUUCGUUACAAACUUUACAACGGUUGGCUACCAACUUUCUUUGUGUAAACGAGAAAUAGAGCGAGAAAGGCGCGGAGAAAUUGGAAAACGAAAUGAAAAGUAGUGCUUGUCAUUCGGUUGGCUACUGAUUAUGAAAUUUGUUAAGGAAAGAAAAAAACAAAACACGAGAUAAAUAUCUGAUGCGUCUGCUGCUGCCAACUGCCGGGAACUUCUGUUUAGUAUCACCCUUACUGGAGGUUGGAUUUUUACUGAGGCAUUCUCUACCUGUGAGACAGUUUAGUAUGCGAGCUCUCAAAAUGGCUGGUUAUUGGAUCUUUGUCUGAAGUUUCUCGAUCUUUCAAGCCUGUUUGCAUGGGUAGACUACGACGACUAUUGAGUUUCUGUAGCAACAGCGUCUCCCAUCCCCCUACCCUUCUGUUGGCUUUCAGAAAGCCUUAAAGCAGGGAACAAGUGCGCCGACUCGGAUACAAUUUCUGUUCUUGUGUUUUGUGCGCUGUUGUUGGGAGGAAGGUGACUUCGACUGUGUGUUUGGUUAGGAUUCGCUGAAACAAUAGUUAAACCGUUUAUUCUCGUUUGUCGUGACGUUUCGUUUUCGCUCUAAACUUAUGAAGUGUUGUUCAGUGUCCCGUCAUAUUUUUUGGCUUAGUGCCACUUCUGUCAAACAAACGGCGAAGGGUAAUGCAAAUUGCCAGGUCGGCAACAAUUUCGCACGUCACGGCCAUUCGUGGGAAUGCUGGACAUGUAUGGUCAGCCACAGCUAACACAACCUCAGCCGGCCCACAGCUCUUUGUCUCAUCAAUACCACCACCAUCAGCAGCAGCAACAGCAGAACGCUAACAAGAAACUGAAGCUAGACCAUGUUCUGCCCCAGCAACACCAGGCAGUGGACCUCUGCAGCCUUUCCGUGCAGCAGCAACUGGGUCAAUCCGAUUCAGUCAGCCUCUAUGAAGUUUCCAGCACAACAGGCUGCAGUAGCAGUUCUGGUCCUAGUCGCGGCAGUCAUGGAGUGAAUACCGGACGCAUCCACACAUCGACGGGCUAUGCCCUGGCUGUGGGUGGUAGCGUAAUUGGAGGCAGGCGCCCUGUGGGUCACGAGAGUGUUGAUUGCAGCCAAAGCCCAGCGUCAUCAUCUUCUUCUUUGGGCAAACAGCAGCAGCAACAGCAACAACAACAACAGCAGAAUUACGUCCGUACUUCUGCCAUCAAGCUGCUAGAUACAUUUCAGUUCCAGCAACAUCAGCGGCAGGGAGGCGUGAAGCGCAAACACGAAACUGUAAACGAAGUACAGGAAACAAGCGCGGGAGCCAUGACUGCUUCUCACAAGCCAGCGCAAGGCCAUGGGCACGUCCAGCCGACGGUGGCCGCCGCUGCACCUCAAGGUUCUUCGUCGGCCGACGGCGAUUACCAGCUCGUUCAGCACGAGGUUUUGUGCUCUUUGAGCAACCAGUACGAAGUGCUCGAGUUCCUUGGCCGCGGUACCUUCGGGCAGGUGGUCAAAUGUUGGAAGAAGGGCACCAACGAAGUGGUGGCCAUCAAGAUCUUGAAGAAUCAUCCAUCGUACGCUCGCCAGGGUCAAAUCGAGGUCAAUAUCCUGUCGCGAUUGAGCCAGGAGAACGCGGAUGAGUUCAAUUUCAUUCGGGCGCACGAGUGCUUUCAGCACAAGAAUCAUACCUGCCUGGUCUUUGAACUCUUGGAGCAGAACCUUUACGACUUUUUGAAGCAGAACAAGUUUAGUCCGUUGCCUUUAAAGUACAUUCGCCCGAUCAUGCAACAAGUACUGACUGCCUUGCUUAAGUUGAAGCAACUUGGCCUGAUUCACGCUGAUUUGAAACCGGAGAACAUCAUGUUGGUGGACCCGGUGAGGCAACCGUACCGAGUCAAAGUCAUCGAUUUCGGCUCGGCCUCGCACGUGAGCAAGGCCAUUUGCAACACGUAUCUGCAGUCUCGUUAUUACCGAGCGCCCGAAAUCAUCCUGGGCCUUCCCUUUGGUGAGGCUAUCGACAUGUGGUCGCUCGGCUGCGUAGUGGCCGAACUCUUCCUCGGAUGGCCCCUCUACCCGGGCUCCUCCGAGUACGAUCAAAUUCGAUACAUCAGCCAGACGCAGGGUCUGCCCUCUGAGCGGAUGCUCAACUCGGCGACCAAGACGAUGAAGUUCUUCUACCGCGACAUGGAGUCCAGCUACCCGUUCUGGCGCCUCAAAACGCCGGAAGAGCACGAAGCCGAGACGGGCAUCAAAUCCAAAGAAGCCCGCAAGUACAUUUUCAACUGUCUGGAAGACAUCGGCCAGGUGAACGUGCCCACAGAGCUGGAAGGCGGCGAGCUGAUGGCCGAGAAGGCGGACCGCCGCGACUUCAUUGACCUUCUGAAACGGAUGCUGACGAUGGAUCAGGAGCGGCGCAUCACGCCCGGCGAGGCGCUCCAGCACCAGUUCGUGACGCUGUCGCACCUUGUCGACUACGCUCAUUGCAGCAACGUUAAGGCCAGCGUUCAAAUGAUGGAGGUGUGCCGUCGCAGUCACUACCAGCCGCCCAACACGUUGGUGCAGCAGGGACAUUCGACGACUCCCGCCGGCUCUCUAGUGGCUAACUUUGUGCCCGGCACCAAUGGCAAUGUCACGCUGACCUUCAACAGCCAAUUUGCCGCUGCAGCCGCCGCUGCGGCCGCUGCCAACCAGUAUCCGGCCGCUCUUUACAACGGUCGUAAUGCUGUUGCGGCUGCAGCAGCCGCCCGCCAAUAUGCUGCAGCAGGCGCUGCUGCCCGAGCGGAGACGUUUCAACAUCAAUUCGUCUCUUCGCUAUUAUGUCCGCCAUCCUAUCAGAGUUUGACGUCGCCAUCGAAGCCGGUUGCGGUGGUAGCGCAACAGCCGCCUCAAUUGCAGCUUCAUCAGCCCUCUCUCGCCCAGCAGCAAUAUGUUCCCGUUUCCAUGGUGGAACAAUCGGGCCGUCAAGUGCUGUUAGCCACCCAAGGACCUGGCUGUUGGCCAGGAAAUCGUCAAAUGACUUUGGUGCCUUCUUGGCAGCAGUUGGCGCCCAACCACCAACACUCGGCCGCUCUCCAGCAGCAACCAACUGCCGCCCUAUUGCAGGCCGCUGACGCUUCUGACUGGGGUCGCCAUUUACUGGUGGAUCAAUCUGGUGGCGUCCACCAAGACCAGCGCUCCAUAUUCCCAGUCGAUUUGCCGGACGUUUACGAUACAGUUAGUGUGGUGGAUCAUUGGCCGAACAAUAAGCGAAAUAGUGGUGCGGCACACAAGUCCGCACUCUUCACUUUACAGGCGCCACAGCCAGCACAUUUGCUUCAACAACAGCAGCAACAUCAACAACAACAACUGCAUCAACAACAGCAGCAACAACAUCAGCAGCAGCAGCAACAACAACAACAGCAGCAUCUUUACCAGCAGUCGCAGCAGAUUCAGCAACGAUCGGUUCAUCAAGGACAUAUGAUGGACAAGAAAGAUUCUGUCCAGUUGAGCCCAGUCAAGAAACGAGUCAAAGAAAGCUCACCGCCGCAGCAGCAACAGCAACAAAGUGAGCAGUACCGUAGAAGGAAUUCCCCUGCUCAGCAUUGGCAACAUCCUCAACAUGCGCCGCAGCAUUAUAAUAACGGCCGAAAUCACAGACAGCCAACGAUUACCAUAGAGGACACGCCUUCGCCUGCUGUGUCUGUCAUUACCAUUUCAGAUUCUGAUGACGAAGGAACGGCCUCGCAGAAAACGGCCAUGCGAUCCAAAGCAACUGGACAACACCAGCAACAACAUCGUGUCCGCCCGGUUGUCAGCUGCGUCACUGUGCCAGAUAGUGAUGAAGAACAUCGAAGCCCGGCCAAAGGGCAUUACCCCCGGCAACAGCAUUACAACCAUGCAAAUGCCAACAGCUACGUGGUCCGUGAGAUCAAACCGGAGCCGGCAUUAGUCUCGUCUUCGUACAAUGGAAACGGAGCCAGUCUUUUGCAAAAAAAGCGGUUGCUGGCCAAAGCGCAGACCGAGUGCGGCGGCAUGAAUGAUAAGCCGAAACAAGAACAACACCAAAUGGCCAACGACGGAGGCUACAUGGAAGCAUAUGGCAGCGGUGUUGAUAGGCCGUCGAUGACUCACCAGCCGUGCGAUUUCAGCAACGGGUCGGAAGUUCUCCACUUUCAAGCGGCGCCGCAGCAAGUCUCUCAGCAGCAGCACCAGCGCAGCUACCGCCAGGACUACGAUCAACAGCAGCAGCAACAACAGCAGCAAAGAGACUAUUUGCAUCCGCCAGCUGCCCACCGCCAGCAGCGCUUCGACGCCGAGUUGCAACAGCAACGCGAACAGAAUGGCUAUUACAGUAUAGAUACUGGACAUUUUGCACCAACGUUAGGGCCAGUCAAGACUGAUGUCUAUGGUUUGUUAGGCUACUCUGGUCGGAGUAAUCGUCACGCACACUUGUCACCUCAGCCGGGCCCGUCCAGUCGUCACCAGGCGGCCGCGGUAGCUGCUGCCGCAGCCGCCGCCCUCUGCCUGUCGCCGCAGCAUCCGUUGAACGCGGCGGCUGUGGCAGCCGCCGGCCAGCCGCUUUAUCAUCAACCAGACUUGUAUCGCAGUACGAUUCCUCCUCCUGCACAUCACAGCAGCUCUCGAGCUGGUCCCGUCUUGAAUGGAACACACCACGGAGUUCAUCCUCACCAUAGUCAUCCACUUCCGGCUCAUUUGCAGCCGUCCGCCGUGUUCCAGGCCCAUCCUCAAGUGGCUGCAGCCGUGGCCCCUUACGCCUACGCUUCGCUCAACAGCCCGGGCAAGGCGCAGUACCAGCACUUCUGGUUCGCCGAAUAGGAUGAUCGCGGCAAGAAAGAAAA